CCUGUACUAUGCUAUCUAAAUCAUUUAUUGCUAUAAACAAGUUAACAAGAUUAACUAAUUACUUAUUAAAUAGUAAUAUUUAAGUGAAUAAUUUAUUGUUCAUGUUGUAUUAUUGUUCCUAAUAUUGACUUUAUCAGGAGUCUUAAUUUAUGAUAGAACUUUGUCAUUAUACGUUAAAUAAAAUGUAUUCUCUCUAAAAAUACUAAUUAAAUAUUAGAUGUUAUAACGAUCUACACUUUAUUAUAACUAUAAAAAUGGUUUUUAAUGUAAUAUCAAGCAGCAUUGUGAAUAAACAAUUAUAUAAUAAACCUUUGGAUCCUAAAAGUAUUCAUUUUAAACCGUGAAGUGGGUUAUUUCCUUACAGUCUAAUCAUAGCAUGGGCUGUGGUCCUAGUCAUUUUGGAAUCUCAUAUUCCAGAAAAACGAAGAAGAAAAAAAACAAACAUAAGGAAUCUGGUAAUGUAUAAUUAUGUACUUUAUUACAUAUUUUUCUUUGUAUUAAACAAUCAACAGUUAAACUUUAUGUACCUAUUUAAAUAUACAUAAUUUGUAAAAUAUACAUAUAUUUAUUGGUAUAAUCAUACCUUAAUUAGUAUUAAAAUUUAACUAGGUACUAAUUAUAAUUGACAAUUGUGUGUUUGUGUGUAAUUAAAUAAGCCAUAGUAAAAUUUAGUUUUUUUAAAUGUUUAUUAUGUAGGCAUUUAAUAUUUCAUGGUUUUUUUAAAAUAAUUGUUUAUUUUUAACUGUACAAAUUAAUGGUUAUAUUUAACUAAUCAUUUUUAAAUAUUUUACAUACUUCAAAAUAGAUAUGUAGUAUUUAUUUCAAAUAUGUUAUGCUUGACAGCUGUAUAUUACAUUUCUUUGAAUCCUAAAAUAUAGUAUAUUUAAACAGUAAAUCCCCUUGAAUAUCUGCCAAAGAACUGGUUCAACAAAACAUUCAUCUAAACACCAAAUGGCACUGGGACCCACAUACAUAAAAUAUUGUAACUAACUCAACCUACAACCUGGUUUUGACUUGCCUAGCCUAGGAAAAUUUAGGUAAUGCUGAAUUCAAUAAGUCAUAGAAGGUACAAACACCUACUGCACAAAUAGACACUAAUAACACCUGCAAGUGACUGUGGAUAUGAAUGGCAAUCUCAUAUAUAGUUUCCAAAUAUCAUGUCCACUACAUGCAUUCAAAGGCACACUUUGAGACAUACGUGUAGUUAACAUGGUCACAAUCUGAUAAUCUUUACAUAAGCUUAUAAAUUCCAAAUAUCCACUAGAUAAUUUAAACUAUUUCAAACUAUUUAAACAUUUGGUAUAAUUCUAGUUUAGCUCCCACCCUAUCUAUCUUAUUUUUUUUGCAAAAUGUGUUUUUGUUUGUAUUUAAAGAAUAAUGUAAAAAAAAGUCUAAUGAACUUCGUUUGUAAGUUACAGGGGAAACUUUAUGAAAUUCAGGUUUUUUGUUUACCAUAUUUUUUAGUUAGAAUUUAACACAUUAUAAUUUUUUUUUUCUAAAAUAUAUGUUUUUUAUGAUUAAUCAAUUGGUAUAAUCAAAACUUACCUAUCAUAUUUUCUAUAUAGUAUAGUUAAUCAUAUAGUUUUUGUACGUAAACCUCGAAAAAUAGCAUUUUUAGAAUUGAUCCAAAAUGUGGUCAAAAAAAGAUAUUAUUAUUAUUAUUAUUAUUAUUUGUAGUUAUUGAUAUUUUGAUAACAAAGUUUUUUUAUUGAAGUCAGAAUAAGUGUAUCUUUAUUAGUUAUAAGUUACAAAUGUUCAAACGCUCCAUAUUUCGCUGUGCUCACUCAGACAAUUGUAAUCAAAAAUAACACUCAAUUUCUAGUGCAAAACCACACUUUCUAUAAAAAAAAAAUUUGAAAAUGUUAAAUUCUAACUAAGAAAUACGCGAAACAAAAAAUCCAAACUUCAAGAAGUUUUCCCUCAUAACUUCCAAACACGGUUUGUCAUACUUUUUUUUUACAUUUUUAAUGUACACACAAAAACACAUUUUAUAAACAAAAUACCCCAAAAAAUCACGUGGGAUUCAAACUUAAAUUGUGUAAUGUAGUACGUUGUAAUAAUUACAAAAGUAUUUAGACAUUGUUUAUCCUAAAUUUUUAAAUUUUGUUGCUAUUAAUGUACAAUAUAGAAAAUAUUAGGGAACAAUAUGGUAAUAUCAAUUAUAUAUUUAUUGGUAUUUUCUUACUAUUUCUCUUUUUAGUAUCUUAUAUAUCUCUAAUUUGUUUAAAAUUAUAAUAUUGAUUAUCCAAAUUCAUAAUUAUACAAUGUUAUGAUUUUUUUAAUAAUAGAUUCUUUAUUUGUUUGCCAGACAAUAAAUUACCAUUUAUAUAAUAUUAUGUUAUUCCUGAUAAAUAUAAUAACUAUAAAAUACAUUUGUAUAGGUAUCAUUUUUUGCUUAUUAUUAUUUAUUUGUAGUUAUAAAUAGGUACCUAAUUACACCUACUAUUAUUAUUAUUAUUUAUUUUUUUAUAAGUAUAAGAUAAAAAUUAUCUUUUUCUAAAUUAAACAAUUAUUAACAAAACAAACUUGAAAAUAUACAUAUUAUGAAGUUAUUAUGCUAACACUUUAUAGGUAAUUAUUAUUUGGGCUUGGAACUUAAUGCUCUGAAAAUCUGCUAAAUGUGCAUGAACUUAAGCGCUUCAUAAAAGUAAAAAUAUGUACUUAUUUUUUUUUUUUUACACAACAUUUUUGAUGUACCUAACUUUAAAGUUAUAUUCAAAAAUAAAAAAACAAUAACGAUAAUUACCAUUGCAUUAUUUCCAAAGAAAAUUAUUAAUUGAAGAUAAUCAUAUUUUGCAGUUAUUUCUAUUAUAUACACAUAGUUACAAAUGAUGUAGGUAAAUAUUUUAAUUAGAAGACCAGUAUUUAAAAACACAAUACAAUAAUAUCAAUAAUAAGUUAUCAAUUUAUCAUUUAAAAAUAGAUAUGCAAUUUAUUACACUGCCCUAAUACUCCAGUCUAAACUUUAUAAUAUACAAAAAUACUUAAUUUGAACUUUUUAUAUUUUUCUUGUAAUGUUGUGAAAUUAAUUUUUAGCUUAUUUAGCUAUAAAUCUAAUAGCUCACAAAAAAAAAAAAAAAAAACAUUAAAAUGCAAUAACUUUUCGAGCCCUACUUAUACUAAAACUAAUCGUUUUUUCUCAAAAUAAAAUUUUUAAAUUUGUUUAGAACAAUGUAAUAAAUUUAAAUUUAAUGAUUUAACUAUUUACACAAUAUCUAUAAUACACAUAUUGAUCAAUAAAAAAUAGAAGAAAUUGGCAAUAGUUUAUUUGCUUGUAAAUUAAACACUUAAAAAAAAAUCAUGAUUUUUUUACUGUAUUUCAUCAAUUUAUUUUCUAUGUAUAAUUAGUAUUUUGUCUAAAUAGAAUAUAGAUAUUCAGAAGAUAAUUGAAUGAUAUGAUACAAAUUAAUUGUUGUGAAUAUAUUAUUAUUUAAAAAAUUUAGUUUUUUUAUUUACUAAAAGAAAAAAUUGACUAUUUGUUCAGUUUAGGUAUAUGCAAUAUGAAGAUUUGCACAAUCUAUACAUUAUUUUUAUUUUUUUACCUGUAUGCUUAGUGGUGAAACCACUUGAUUUCUCAAUGGCAAAUGAGUAUCAUUUAUGUGACAGUGUUUUAAUGGUGUCUCUUUCAUGCUUAUCACUACAAAAUUUAAUUUAUCUAUCAAAUUUUUUUUGAACAUCACCAUUUGAAAAUCUAAAAUAAGUAGUGGUUUCACUCCAACAUAAAGGCAAAGUAAAAUUAUUGAAUUGCAUGUAUCUUAAAUUUUCCAAAAUUAAAAUGUCAAUAAAAGAUUAUGAGUAUUCUGAAUAAAAAAUAUCACUAUAUAUGAAAAAUUAAGUGUUAUGUUUAUUAGGACAGUAUAAAAUAAAAUAUUAGCUAAUUGUACCUUCAUAUAUUUUAUAUGGAAAUUCCCAGUGUAAGUAUACUUUGUAUACUCUAAAUAUAUAAUAUUUAUAUUUACGUAUUAUUUUAAUGAAAAUAAGUAAACAAUAUCAAUUUUAUAAUUUUUUUUUUUUAUCGGAUGGCACAAUUUUGCAACGGUAGCAAGCAGUAUAAGUACAAUUGUAUCAUGCAUCCAAUCAUCAUUUCCAUACUAAAUAUAUGAAUGUACAAAUUGUGCCUUAACCGACUCUUAUGAGUAUAAAUACAAUUAUACUCCACAUCUUAGAAACGGAUAAAGAACAUUUCUCAAUUUCAGCUUACGAAAUUAAAUAAAAGAAAAGGUAAAUAGAUGUCACAAAAUUUCAAAUUUCUUCGACUUGAUUAAAAAAAUUUAUUAAACUUUGAAAAUAAAGUUUAAUUAUUAUUUUAUAAUUUUGUUUAAAACUAUAGAAUUUGAUGUAACAAAUAUAUUUUAAGUAAAUGUAAUGAAUUUAAAAAAUAACUUUAAUAAUAAUUUAUAUUUUCAGAUGAUGAUAAAAGUGAUGGAAGUUUUUAUGAAAAUCAUGUUGAAGAACAAAUACAGUUGACAAGUACACCAUCUGUUAACAAUUUGUGCGACAUCUCUGAAAUAGACGAAUCAAAUCCAUUACAUCAACGUGUAUCAGGUUCACAGUCUUCCACAUCAUUAUUUAUUAAUCCGUAAGUAUUAAUUUAUAAUUACUUCAAUAACUUCUAAAAUACUUAUAAAUAAUUAUAUGUAUAGACAACUAUCUUCUAGUCAACUCAAUUUCUUUAGAAUGUUAGAUGAAAAAAUAGAAAUGGUAAGUAGUAAUACGUACAACCAUUUGUCUAUUAAAAAAACAAAUAAUUAUCUACUAUUAUUAUAAUUUUUUUUUUUUAGGGUGUUGAUUAUAAGCAAACAAUUGAAGAACAACGUUUGGAAAAAAUUCAUCAUACACAUGCAUUGUUAAUGGAAUGGGAGAGAGUACGAAUACGCAAUUCCCCAAAACCUUGCUCAAAUCCUAGGUCCCAAUUUCUGUGUAAUUUAAGACAACCACACUUUCGUGUUUCCCAUUCAGUUGUUCAAUUUGACCAAGAACAAGGUGCUUUCCAUACUGAACUCAUAUGAAGUACAAAUCAAUUAUUGAUUUUAACACUUGUAGGCAUUUUUCUUAUUUUUAUUAGUUAAAUAUUGUAGAUUUACAUUUUAUUGAAUAGUAUUCAAUUUUUUCAGUAUUAAUACAAGUUAAAAUAAUUUGUACUGUGGUUAUAAAUACAGAUAUUAAAUAUUAUACUUACAAAUUAUACUAAUUAAGUAUAAUUUGAUCAUCCGUGUUAAUUUAUCAACAGUUUUUCAAAAGAUCAAAAUUCAAUAUUUAGUCAUAAAUAAAGUAUACUUAGUUAUUAAAGAAAUUAUCAUAACUCAAUGAAUACUUUUUUAUAUAUUCAGACUGAUCAUCUUUUAUUGUCCUUUAUUGUAAAUAUUGAAUCUCAUAAUAUUUUAUUGUUUAAAAUAUGGUUUUACAUUAUUCAAUUUAUGUUAAAUAUCUAUUAUUUAAAAAAAAAAAAAAAAAAAACAGCUAACAUUUUCCAAUAAGACUUGAAGUAUGCUAUAAUUAAAAUAGUUUAAUCCUAUUCUAGAUAUUUUUCUUGUGUAGACUGUAGACCAGCACAGUAAUUAUAUUUUUACAUGAAUGAUCAUUAUUUAAUUGGUACUAGUAAACUGUUGCGUCUAAAGUAAAUUUACAUUAAAUUUGUUAUUUGACAAUAAUUGUGAAUAUUGAUUAUUUUAUUCACUAUAUCAUCCUGUAUGACACAAAUGACUUCAGAAUCUGCUAACAAUUAAUUUUCUUAAUACUCAUGUAUUUCAUUGAACUGUAUUAAAUAAGUUAACCAUACUCUGUUUCACAAAAGAAUAUUACUAGGCGGCGAUCAAAUCUAAUGAGUUUUCUCACAUUUGUGGUGGUAUUCACAUACCAUUGACAGUGGGAAGGGAGAAGAAUUUGAUCAUGAUACAACGAGGCUCAUUCAUUUGAAUUAAAUAUGCAAACAAUUUGUGUUCUCUCGUAGAACGGAGUGUAGUAUAAAUAUCAGUGAUUAAAAUUUAAGCAACUUAAACACAAACUGUGUAGUACAAUCCCAAUAUAAAAUCUAUUAAUGUAGGCUUAUUUUUUUUUUUCUAAUCUUAAUUAUAAGUAAGUGAAUUUUUUAAAUUUAUUUAUAUUUUGUACAACUAUUAUCAAUGAUCUUAGAUAAGUAUUAAAUCUUAAACUAGGAAUUUGUAUUACAUUUAAACAAUUAUUGGUAACAUCAAAUAUGUGUUAUUAAAUAUGCUGAAAAAAUGUAUAAAAACAAAUUUUUUAAAAUACUAUUAAUGAUAUAUGUUUAUAUUUUGCUUUUUAAUUGAAAUUUAAUUAAUAUCCCCAAGUAAUAUAUAUUUUUAAAUUUAAAUUAGAAAAACUUUAUUUUUACUAAUUUAUUAUUAUUUUGUGGCUUUUUACAUGAUAUUAAUAUUAAUUUAAUCAUAAUGAUUUAGUAACAAAUGCAAUCAAUA